GGACCGGAAGGAAUCCGAACCUCUCUCUGAGGACCGGAAGGAAUCCGAACCUCUCUCUGAGGACCUGGAGGAAUCCGAACCUCUCUCUGAGGACCUGGAGGAAUCCGAACCUCUCUCUGAGGACCGGAAGGAAUCUGAACCUCUGUUAGAAGAAACCAGGACGAUCGCAUCUGCCCUGAAAAAGACAGAGGAUCUUUUGGAGACUGAGCGCCUCUGCUGGCAGAUGGAGAAAAUCUCUCUGCUUAAAGCGCACAGGCAGGAAACCGAGAAGAUCACAUCUGCCCUUAAAAAGGCAGAAGAUUCUCUGGAGACUGAGCGCCUCUGCUGGCAGAAGGAGAAAGUCUCCCAGCUUGAGGAGCACAGAAAAGAAACCAGAAAAAUCACAUCUGCCCUGAGAGAGGCAGAAGAUCUUCUGGAGACUGAGCACCUCUGCUGGCUGCAGGAGAAACUCUCUCUGCUGGAGAAGACAGAGAACCUAACAGCUCUCUGUCAGGCUCAGCUGGAUGAGCAGAAAUGCAAGAACAAAACUCUCGCAGCUGCUCUGAGGAAUGUUGAACAGAAGCUGGAGAGUCACCAGGUGGAAUGGCAGGAGGAAAAGACAUCCCUCAUUCAGGCCACAGAGGACUUCAAGCGGACUGUGCAUGAUAUGCAAGAGGAAGCAAAGGAGGCUGUGGAAAGAUCUCAGGCUUCCCAUCAAGCCCAGCUUGAGGAGCACAGAGAGGAAACCAGGAAGAUUGCAUCUGCCCUGAGAGAGGCAGAAGAUCUUCUGCAGACUGAGCGCCUCUGCUGGCAGAAGGAGAAAUUCUCCCUGCUGGAGGAGAUGGAGAAGUCUACAGCUCUCUCGCAGGCUCAGCUGGAUGAGCAGAAAUGCGAGAAUAAAACUCUCGCAGCUGCUCUGAGGAAUGUUGAACAGAGGCUGGAGAGUCACCAGGCGGAAUGGCAGGAGGAAAAGACAUCCCUCAUUCAGGCCACAGAGGAUCUCCGGAGGACGCUGCAGGAUAAGGAGCAGGAGUGGGAAGAGAAAGAAAGCUCCAUGAAGUCCCAGCUGGAAGAUCUCCUGAGCAAGCAGAGGAGAAAGAGGAAUUGGUUCAGGAGGUUAUUCUGUUUGGCUUGAUUCACUCUCAGGAACUGAACUGGUCUGCAAGGCCCUCCAUAACAAAAAGAAUUAGGCAUAACAAAAAGAAUAGCAUGAAAAUUAAAUACAAUUAAAUAACCAGCUCAGGAGCUCAGGUCAAUAAUGUGCAUUUGAUCUCCCUGAGCAACAACUGGUUUCCCCCGGGUGCUCCGGUUCACCAAUUUUAAUUUAAGAAGAAGUUCUUAAAGUAGAAAAAAAAAAAAAAAAUGUUGCUCAGGUGUGUAAAACAAACAUCCCAGAACAAAUGCACAUAGACACCCAGCCGUCCAUGGAGAGGGGAUCUCUCUCUGAACUGCCUUUCCCGAGGUUUCUUCCCAUGUCCUUUAAAGGCUUUUUGAGGUUCAUGGGGAGUUGUUCCUCGUCUUCUUAGAGAGCUUGGGCUGGGUACCGGUUCCUGAUCUGGGUCUGGAAGGCCUUCCAUAAUCACAUUUGGGCAUAUCAAAAAGAAUUGCAUUAAAAAAUGAAAUACAAUUAACUAAACAGCCUUGACAACUUACAUAAAUAAAUAAAAGUAUAUAUCACAUGAUCUCAUAAAAACCUGCACACAUGACUGAAAAUAUCAUAUGAUGGGAUUUCAGUGACACAAUAGAAACACACAAGAAGAAGAAACACACAACACAUGUUGAACUUCCUGUAAGUAGUUUUCAGAGACAACCUCUUCUAUCAUUGUGGGUGCCGAUCGCAUGAGAGCUGCAGUUUCACUUUUGUCUUUGUGAGACGCAGUUCACCACUUCAAGCUGCAGGAGGGCAGACAGAUCCAACUCUGAGUUGAGAUAAAGAUCUCUGGAUCAGACUGAACGUGACUGAGAAUGGAUUGGGGAAGUAAUUUGUUGAGACACAUCUUCUUGAGUAAGGCACACCGAGACCGUUCAAAAGUCAUGAGACCCAGAGAGAGAAACGGGUCAGGCGUUCGAUCAGGUUGCCAGCGUACAAGGUCAAAAGCGUCCAACAUUGAAUUUAAAAUAGGACGACCUGAUCCCAGGUCAUCAAAAGGUGCCUGGUUUAAUUUCAGAGAAGACCAACCUCCUCCCAGGUUAUGAAUGAAUCUCCCAACUACCCAGAAGUCUGAUGAUGGAGGUGAGAUGAAAGCCUCACCUGUACCUGUCAACACCUACUUCCUGGUUUAUUCUGGACAUCUUGUCUGCUGCUGCCAGUCCUGUAUCACUAUACUGAGAAAUUCUUUAAUGCUGAAAAUGAAACUUAAGUUUAAUCAGAAGUGACUGUUGUUACUGGACUGUAAAAAAAAAAAAAAAAAAGUUGAGAAAACGUAAAAUAUCAAGGCAGCAUGAUGCAAGAGAUUUUUGAGUUUUCUCAACUUUUGCCUACUGUUGUUGACUUAAUUAAGGUUUUCAAGUUCUGACAAGAGUUCUGCCAACUUAGAUCUUCUUGUUCACCUAAUUAGGAUAAUCCUGGAAGGCUAACAAAGAAAUUCUGAUUUCAAUGCCAUGUAUUUCUGCCUUCACCAAACACAGAUAUUCUUGCUGAAUAAUCAUACAAUUCUUACUCCAGUGAGUUGAAAAUGUACCUAUAUAAAUAAAGGAAAAUGUAUGUAAUUACAUUUGAAAAAUGCUCAAUAAAUAAAUACUGAAUUAAACAAAGCACA